AUGUCUCCCCAUUGCCCUCCAGCAACAGCCGCGGCCUUUGCCAACUCCGCCACGAAACUUCCGCCAUUGACCCUCGUCGUCGCAACAACUCCAAUAACCCUCCCAUGCCAACCCCAGGGCAUCUCACGUCUCGGAAUUGGCCAUGGCGGCACACUUCCAUGGCCCCGCAUCAAACCGCUUCCGAAACGGCUAAACGUUAUUAUCACGCGCGAUGAGUCUGGGAUGGUAUGCGAAAGAGCGGUGGUUGAAUGGAGGGCUGCGAAGGAAAGAGAGCGACAAAAGGAACGGGAGUGCCACAGUGAGACUGCAACGGAGUGUAAAAAGUGCUCGUCCGCAGACAAGGAUGAUUCGAUUGAUGGCCAACAAGAAGAGAACCCUGAUAUCCUGGUGUCCAACAGUGUGGAAUCUGCCCUGACUACGCUCCAGGACAACUUUGGCCUGUUCUCCCAAGGUGGCAAACGAAGCCUUGGGAGUGUCCUCGUAAUUGGUGGCGGCGAGAUAUAUGCCUCGUCGCUAAGCCUGGAUUCUUCUACUUUUGGCCAUAAGAUGAGAAUCGUUGUGACUGAUGUGCGGCGGCCUGCCACUGAAGUUGAGAAGAACGAACCAUCAAAUUCGACCAAUGGGUUUGACUGCGACACUUUCUUUCCCGUUGAUCAUCUGAUUGGAAACGAGGAAUGGCGAGAAGCGUCCCCAGCUGAAGUUUCGGAAUGGGUUGGUGAGAAAAUACCUGAAGGUUGGGUAUGGGAGCGAGAUGUGGCCGUCCGCUUCCUUGGAUUUGAGCGAAAGUGA